ACACCCGCUACUAACGCCACCUCCCCCUCGAUCCGCUCCACCUGUGAAACCGAAUACCCAACAGAGCUCCGCCUCAUGUCCUCCCAGUUCCCGGAACUCGACUUCCGCCCUGGCCUCUUCCUCAUGACAAUGCGACAAGAAAACGACGAUCGCCAAUGGGCCACGCAAGUCCAAUUCCAAAACAUGCCCAAUUCGUCAUCCGUCUGCCGGCUCGAACUCGUGCUCCCUUCCAACAGCAUGCUACGGAUCUUCGGGGUCUCACCGGUUAUGAAUGUUUACCGCGUCGCUCGUGCUCCUAGUUCAAAUGCAACUUGGAAUACAUUCUCCUUCGCUCCGAAUAACAAGAGUCAAACAACUGUUUUCGGCAGUGUGAAUGGAGCAGCUGACGCGAUAUUUGAGGUAAGGCAGAAUGGUGGUGUUGUUGUCGUGGGAGAGGAGCCUUGCAGUGAGACGAUGACGUUUCAGAUGGGGAUGGCGGCACCGGGACAGGGGUAUGCGAAUUACUGGGACUUUUUGCAGGUUAAUCCACCGGCAGUGCCGGUGCAAGGGUGGAGGGUUGUACAUAGUUGCUAG